UCUUUCAACAAAAAAAAAUCCCAUGAAAAUGAGUAAUAGCAGUGGAUUUAUUGAUAAUUUAAGUAUUUCUGAUAAUGAUAAUCACUCAAAUGGUUCUCCUAUUCCAAAGGAAGAAAAAAUUGCAGAGAGGAUUGGAAAACAAAAUAUUGGAUUGAAAGUUCCUUCACCAAUACCUCCGGCAGCUAUUGCGCAGAGACCACAAUUAAAUGAAAUGGUAAAAGCCUAUGAACAAAUAAUAAGUCAUGUAGGUGAAGAUAUUAACAGACAAGGUUUACAAAAAACACCGUUUCGUGCUGCUAAAGCAAUGCUUUACUUUACUAAAGGAUAUGAAGAAAAUUUUGAUGAUGUUUUAAAUGAAGCUGUUUUUGAUGAAGAUACCGAUGAAAUGGUAAUUGUUCGCGAUAUAGAAAUGUUUUCUUUAUGUGAACACCAUUUAGUUCCUUUUCUUGGGAAAGUACAUAUUGGCUAUUUACCAAAUAAAAAAGUACUUGGAUUAAGUAAAUUAGCUCGAUUAGUUGAAAUGUUUAGUAGAAGAUUACAAGUACAAGAAAGAUUAACAAAACAAAUAGCCGCAGCUGUUUUGCAAGCUGUACAUCCGUCGGGGGUUGGUGUUGUUAUUGAAGCUAGCCAUAUGUGUAUGGUUAUGAGGGGAGUCCAAAAAAUAAAUGCAACAACAACAACUUCUUGUAUGUUGGGAGUUUUUAGAGAUGAUCCAAAAACUAGAGAAGAAUUUUUAACAUUAAUUAAAAAAUAA